AUGGCGCAGCUGGCGGCGAACGCGUACCGGUGGUCGUUCGCGCCCGUGAAGGACGUGCCGGGGUGGCGGCUGGCGGAGAGAGUUCCGCCCGUUGCGCCGGUCGACGGCGGCAUGCACGCGCUCGUGUUCGAGGAGGACACGGCAUGCAACGAGGCGGGACGCGGUUCAGAAGGCAGUGUGGCAGGCGAGGGGGAUGCAGCAUUAAGAGAGGAUGCACAUACAGGCGAAGGAGAACAGGCAGAGGAGGAUCCAUUAGCAGCUGGGACUGGAGUGAAAGGGUAUUGUCUCUCGCACAAACAGACACUAACCAUUCCAUUUUGUAGAUAUACCUCCGAACUGGACCCCUUUCCGCCGUGUUUCAUCUCCUCCCUUCUACUCGUGCUUUUCCUUCACUUGCUCACUCUCAUUCUCACUCCCAAUUUCACUCUGAUUCUCACUCUCAUUCUCACUCUCAUUCUCACUCUCAUUCUCAUUCCCACUCCCACACUCACUUUCACCCUCACUUUCACCCUCACUUUCACCCUCACUUUCACCCUCACUUUCACCCUCACUUUCACCCUCACUUUCACCCUCACUUUCACCCUCACUCUCACACUCACUCGCACUGCACGGCCGCAGGUGUUGUCUGUGUAUGGUCGCGACACCCCUGUGCUCCUCACAGGUCACAGCCUAGGAGGGGGCCUGGCAGUGCUUGCCUCUGCUGCCUUCUCCUCUGCGCCGCUUCCCCUCUCCGCCACGCCCCCUUUCUCCUCCCGUGCUCCCUCUGCCACCUCUGCUGCUGCUGCUGCUGAUGAUGCUGACGACGUGCUCUUCUCGGGCUCUCUUGUGCUUCCAGUUCUUGCCUUCUCGGCAGCAGGAGCACGCAGCGCAGCACAGCGGCGCCAUCUGACCUUUGCAGCAGAGCGCAGUCACCUCGCAUACACCAUCGCAGAUGUCUGGGACCCACUCAUUCAGCUGGCGCCCCACGAGCAGCUCGGCACACUCUGCCUCUACCGCUCCCCAGAACCGCCUCCCUGCCACGCCUGCUAUGGCAAUGGCUCCCUGCCCUCCGCCAUGCACCGUGCUGCUCAUGCUCAUGCUCAUGCUGAUGAUGGCGAUGAUGUUCAUGAAGUGGAGGGCAAGUCAUUCUGCGAGCCGCGCAGCACGGAAGCCAUGGCGUCUGCGCUCCGAGCGCUCACGCACGACGCAGCGCCAAAGGCCUUUCUUCCAGUGAUCGCCGCGCGCCUGGUGAUUCCUCUCCACAGCACGGCACCUCAGCCCGCAGGUGCUAUCCACAAAUGCGAUACGAUCUCCUCUGAGUCCGUGCCUGGGCGCGGCGCGGAAGCGAGGCGCUACGAAAAAGAUUGCGAAUCCGAAAGGCUUACGCAGCCGCCGUUGCCACGUGGUGAUGAGCAAAGGGCAGCGAUUGGAUUGCGAUACGAUCUUGGGAGAUACGUCGGAUCUGAUCGAAGGUUGUCAAUUGGGCAGUCAAGAGGCCUUGUUCCGUGUAACGGUGUAACCAGCAGCAAUCUCGGCGCUCUUCGUCUGUUUUCCUCCCACGUUCUCCCCUCACAUAACCUCACGUCUGUCCACGUGGCGCUACUCCAUUCAUCUGCUACUGCGCACGUGACAAGUGGCGGCGGCGAUUCGAGGGGAAGCAGUGAGGGCGCUUCUGAGUCAGCUGCGUCCUCGCACCCGCACACGUCCUCUGCGACAGGAGCUGCGGGGUCGCAGGGAGGGCAUGAGGUGCACAGCGCGCAUUCCUCUGGUGCUGCUGCUGCCGCUGGCGGUUCUGCAGGGAGCAGCAGCAGCAGCAGUAGCAGCGGCAGCAGCAGUGGCAGUGGCAAGGAUGGAGAGGCGGUGAAGGCUGCAGUUCUGCAGGCUGCGCUGACCCAUGUGCCGACGCUAGGGUGGAGCAGCGCGGCUCUUAUAGCAGGCGCCAGGGACAACGGCCUCUCUCCCUCCGUGCUCGGAAUGCUGCCCCGCGGGGAGGCGCACCUGGUGGAGUUCUUCAUGGACCGCUGUCGCAGGCAGUUCGAGGCCGAGUUCCCCCACACGCCCAUCGCCGUCGCCACCGCUGCUCCUGGUCACUCCCCCCACAGCCACAGCCACAGCCACAGCAGCAGCAGUGGAGGGCAGGCGUGCGGGGGCAGGUACGAGGAGGGGGACGCGCUGGCGCUGCAGAGCCGCAUGGCAGCUGCUAUCCGCACGCGCCUGCGCCUGCAGGCGCCUUACACGUCCUCGUGGGCGCAGGCACUCGCCAUCCAGGCGCGGCCGUCCAACGCGUGCGAGUCACUGCGGCAGAGGAGGCAGCUGGCAGCGAGCAUGUGGAGUGCGGUGGGCGUGCGCUGCAGCGAUGCACAGCUGCUGGCGUACCGCGUGUUGCUCGGCUCUGCCUAUGCUGCCGCUGAGGUCCACAUGCUCACUGACUUCUCGCCAGACUUCCAUGACACGUGGCGGUUUGUGGACCGUGAGAUGCAGGCAGCGUUUCAGAUACAGGGGUCAGCAGACAGACUCGUGGCCCAGGCAUGUGACAGCAUACCAGCCAUCAAGACCGUUCUUUCCAUCCUCUCCAAACCACCCUCCACUCGCCAGGCGUAA